UUUUAAGACAAUUAUCACUAUGACUUCCAUUUCACGAUUGUAGUUUGGUGGUAUAUGUGAGAUUUUUAAAUAAACUUUUUUUUUUAAAAUGGACGAAUCAAUGUCUGGUAAAAAGAAAAAUUCUUGGUGGGAAGACCGUACUAAAUACGAGAAAUGUUUAAUUGUUUUAUCAGGAUUGUUUAUUAUUGCGAUAAUUUAUUUGGCUUCAAAUUUAUUAAUGCAAUUUCCGGCAUCUACUGAGCGUUUGAAACAAGAAGUCUGCAUGACGGAAAAAUGCAUUCGUUCAGCGGCGAGUAUUUUGGAAAAAAUGGACAGAACUGUUGAUCCCUGUGACGAUUUUUAUAAAUUCGYUUGUGGCAAUUUUGUAGAGAAACAAAUUAUUCCAGAUCACAAAACAAUGGUUUCUUCUUUUGGCGAAACGAGUGAUAAGGUAAAUCUUCAAUUAUUGAAAAUUUUUGAAGAAGAUAUCCAUGAAAAAGAUCCUCAUUCUCUAAAACUCGUUAAAUCAAUUUACAAAUCAUGUAUGAAUACCACACAGAUAGAAAAAGAGGGUCUUAUUUUCAUCAAAAAAGAAUUUCGUGAUUUGGGCGGCUGGCCUAUUAUAGAGCCUCACUGGAACGAAAAAGCUUUCGACUGGAAAAGUCUUUUGUUUCGUUUGAGACGAAUUGGGUGGAGACGUACUUUUUUCUUCAGUAUGUUUAUUGAUACAGAUGCGAAAAACUCGUCUAAAAGAAUUUUUACCAUAAGCCAACCUUGUAUGGCUUAUGAUAGAUUAAAGAAAGGUUUCAACGAUACAGCAGUUAAAGCCGGUUAUGAGUAUUUAGUGGAUUUAGCCGUACUUUUCGGAGCUGAUAGAACAGCAGCUAUGGUGGAAAUGCGAGAAGUGGUUGAGUUUCAAAUAGAAUUAGCCAAGAUUAUAAUUCCGUUUGAAGAAAGGAAAAAUGUUUCAUUGAGCUACAAUCUAGUAACAAUUAGGGAACUCCAGAGAAAUUUUACAACUAUUCCUUGGUUAAAAUUUAUUAAUAAUUACUUAUCCCCAAUUAUGCUUAAUUCUGAUAGUGUCGUAAAUAUAGCCGUGCCUGAAUUUUUUCAGAGACUAGAGAACUUCUUACCGAACGUGAAGAAACGAGUUUUAGCAAAUUACAUGUUUUCAUCCCUGGUUAAAGGUUCUAUCACUCAUUUACCAGAAGCUUUCAGAAAGAAACAAUUAGAUUUUUUGAAUACYGUGUAUGGGCAGAAAGAUACCACUCCUCGGUGGAAGGAAUGUGUUUGGCAAGCUAAUCGUUUACAUAUUGCUGUGUCUUCAAUUUAUAUUAAAAAGUAUAUUAACAAGACUUUAAAAUAUCGUGUGGCUGAGCUAACAAUUGAUAUUAAAAGUUCGUUUAUGGAAACUUUAAAAAAAAUUGGCUGGAUGGAUAAGAAGACAAAAAAGCAUGCUUUGCAAAAAGCCGAAAAAAUGAGUUCUUUUAUCGCAUAUCCUGACGAGCUUUUGGACGCCAAUAAAGUAGAGGAUUAUUAUCGAGGGUUGGAAGUGGACCCUCAGCAAUACUCUUUGAAAAGUUCUUUCAACAUCUCAAAUUUUGGUCAUAUGAAAUACGUUCAUCUCUUAAGAGAACCUGUGCUAAAGCCCGAUUGGCGUGAUCAGGCCUACUCGUAUUACGUGAAUGCAUUUUACGACCAAACUACAAACAGUAUCGAAUUGCCGGCGGCGAUAUUACAGGACUCUUUCUUCGAUCCGGAACGGCCGCAAUAUAUGAAUUAUGGAGCAAUAGGCACGGUAAUAGGCCACGAAAUAACUCACGGUUUCGAUGAUAUGGGCCGACAGUAUGAUAAAGACGGCAAUUUGAUUGACUGGUGGGAGCCAGAAACUAAUAAAACUUUCGCCUCGAAGAGCCAAUGUCUUGUCGAACAAUAUGGCAAUUAUACCAUUCCCGAAAUCGAAAUGAGUUUGAAUGGGRUUAAAAAUUUGGGUGAAAAUAUCGCCGACAACGGGGGGAUUAAAAUUGCGUACAGGGGAUAUAUGAAGUGGUUGGAAAGGAAUAAAGUCGAAUUGGGGCUUCCUGGGCUUUCUUAUACUCCUCGACAGUUGUUCUGGAUUUCAUCCGCCAUCAAUUUCUGCAGUAAAUACAAGAAAGAAAGACUUAAACAAAUCGUCACUUUGGGAUAUCAUGCUCCUAAUUAUUUCCGAGUUGUGGUGCCCUUUAUGAAUUCGGAUCAUUUCGGAAGAGACUUUAAUUGUCCCUUAGGGUCGCCCAUGAACCCCAAAUAUAAGUGCAGGGUGUGGUAGAAUCAGUCAAUUUUCUGUUUUCAAUAUUUAAUUAUUAAUUGUUGUCUAAACUGUAAAGAUAUAAGACCUGUUUUAUAACCUUAAUAUAAUAUUACUAA